AUGUUGAGUAAUAAUAAUUCUAAACAAGAUGAAGAACAAAAUCAAAUCUGUAAGAUAUAUAAUGAAGAUGGUGAACCAAGUGAUGAAUCAAGUAAUAAUAUUUUUAAUAGUUCUUUGGAGAAACAACCAAUUACAGAAUUGCCAUCGAAACCAAAGACAUCAUUUUCAUUAAUGUCGUUUAAUUCAAAUUUAUUGAAUACUAGUAAUUUAGUUAAGGAUAGUUUUAGUAGGCUAGAUAUUGGAAACUUUGUUAAUCUACCGUGUACCAUAGUUAUUGAUGAAAAAACCAAACAUGAACUAUUAACCAAUAUCUGGACACCAGGAAUUAAGUAUAGUUUCAAGGAAGAUAGUACGUCAGUUGCUCGGAGUUUUCGGCAUGAAUGGUUAAGUACAUAUUCACCAUGGUUAUCUUAUUCUCAAAAAAUGAAAGGUCCAUUUUGUGUAUUCUGUGUUCUAUUUCAUUCAUCUAGUUGUCAUGGUAAUUCUUAUAAACAAAUUCAGUUUGUAAAAAAACCAUGUAUUAAGUAUAAAGAUUUUCACAAAAAAGCAUGCGAACAUAAAGUUUCUAAGACACACUUACAAUGCACAGAAAAUGCUGUUAAUUUCAUUAAGGUCUUUUCUAACAAAGCUAUUACUGUUUUUGAUAAAAUUAACAGUUCUCAUAAGUUACUGAUUGAUAAUAAUAGGAAAAAAAUUGUGCCUAUUAUUUCAAGUAUACUGUUUUGUGGCACUCAAGAAAUUGCUUUGCGUGGAAAAACAUCAAAUGAUGGAAAUUUCAAUUCUUUAAUUAAGUUUAGAAUUGAAAGUGGUGAUAAAAUUUUACAAAGUCAUUUAGAAUCAAGCCCCAAAAAUUCCAAAUAUAUUUCAGCUAGAGUUCAAAAUGAAAUAAUUGAUAUUACAGGAAAAAUAAUCUUAAGCAGAAUAACAAACUAUUUAGUGAAAUCACAAUCAUUUUUUUCUAUUCUCGCUGAUGAGACUGCUGAUAUUUCUGGUACAGAACAGUUAUCUAUAGGCAUAAGAUACAUCUCAUUUGAAUCAGAAAACCCUGUAGUCAAAGAAGAAUUUUUAGGUUUUGUUGCUUUAACAGAUAUGCAUGCUAAAAUUGUAGCAAAAUCUAUAAUACAUUUUUUGAGAAACUGUGGUCUUAAUUUAAACAAUUUAGUAGGACAAGGAUACGAUGGCUGUAGUGCUAUGUCAGGUAUUCAUAAUGGUGUCCAAGCAAUUAUUAAAAAUGAAUUUCCUAAAGCUGUAUUUGUACAUUGUUCAUCACAUAGACUAAAUUUAGUAAUAAAUGAUUUGAAUAAACUUCAGCAUGUUCAAAACUGUGCUGGAAGUAUCAGGUCAAUUAUUAAAUUUUUUAGGUUAAGUCCUAAAAGAAGAAAAAGAAUAGAAAACAUUCCUUUAUUUUGUGAGACUAGAUGGUCGGAAAAAUAUAAAACUAUAAGAAUUUUUAGCGAACAUUUUAUUGGGAUAGUAGAACAAUUAGAAAUAAUAUCUAUGGAAACAGGCGUUGAUUCACAAACAAAAAGUCAAGCAUUUCAGUUACAUAGUGCAGCAACUAAAUCAAAUUUUAUAGUGUGUUUAUUUAUAAUGGCAACAUUUUCUGCUCAACUAGAACCUAUAACAAAUGCAUUACAAGCAGUACAGUUAGAUUUAUCUCAAGCUCGAAAAUAUAUUAGUGAAAUCAUUGAAGUUUUUAACAACCUGGAUGCGAAUAAUUAUUUUCAUGAGAUUUUUAAAAAAGCUAAAAAUGUUGCAAAUGAGCUUGGAGAAGAAAUUAAAAUUCCUCGUAUUGUUUCUAACCAAAAGCAUCGUUCAAAUCAUCCAAUAAAUACUCCUGAAGAUUAUUUUAGAGUUUCCUUAUACCAACCAUAUUGUAUGUUAUGGUAUAAUGUGUGGAAAAAUAGAAACACAAGUCAAAGUGAAAUGAAAAACAUAAGUUUCAUAAGUCUAUUAGAUGAAGCAAAUUUAUAUCCAGCAAUUCAUAUUGUUCUAACUAUUGCAUUAACUCUACCAGUUACUACUUGUUCAGUAGAAAGAACUUUUAGUACAUUGCGUAGAGUAAAAACUUGGACAAGAAAUACUAUUGGUGAUAAUCGACUUAAUGGUUUAUGCAUGAUGGCUGUCCAUAAAGAGUUUGUCAAAAGUCAUAAAUUAGAAUUGAUUGAAGAAAUUAUAAAUGAAUUUGGUUUACUACCACGCAGAAUGGAACUAUUAUUCAAUGAUUGA